CGCGAACAAGCAAGCUACAUAUGACCAUUACUAUUACAAUCGCAUCGCAUCGCAGCAAUAUUUAUCCCUGGUGGAAAAGUGGCAUUUUUGUAUAUUAUUAACCAACUCUCUAUCCUUUCUAAUUCGCGAGCGAGUUGCGCUUUUUUCUUUUCUUAUGUCGGCGCAAGAUUCCAACGCCUCGGACUUUCCGCCUACCUCCGCAGCGCGAGAUGAUGUUAGAGACGACGACAACGUCACAGCUCAGAGUAGCUCGCCCACGCCAGACUCGACGAUACGGACGGAUGUAUUAGAUCCUUAUAUCAAUCCUGCUGCUAUUGUACGGUUAAUUCAGUGUCCGCGAUGCAAUCUGCCCUUACGGAACCCGCUCCGAUUGCCGUGCGGAAAGACACAUUGUCGAUCAUGUCUGCCGCCGGUGUGGAAGCGGCCGAGAAUCACAUAUCCGGUUGAUGAGGGUCGAGAGGAUGGGUUCACGUGUUGGUGGUGCGAGAGCGAACAUGCGCUGGGCGAUUGUGGCGUGGAUGUCUUAGCUGCGAAGGUUGUCGAGCUGUUUCGAUCGGUGCUGGAGGGGGAACAUGCUGCUGGUCAGUAUGGCGGAGGGGAAAACAGAGUCGUUGUUCGGUGGAGACAACCUGGUGUAACUGGCAAAGAGGAAGAUGAUAUUCCGGAGGAAGCUGUUGUUGACGGAAGUCGUUUGCGCGGUACCUAUAUGCUGGUAAAGGAAGGGCGACUCAAGCACGAAGCUCUCGGUGUGACUUACGAGCCGGAUGGGGAGUUCGAUGAAUCCGAGAAGGCGGUAUUGGAAAAGAUCAAGGACGUUACGAGGAACGAGCUUGAUUGCCAAGUAUGCUAUUGUCUCAUUCUGGAUCCGUUGACGACUCCUUGCGGACAUACGUUCUGUCGAAAGUGCCUGGCUCGGAUCCUAGAUCAUUCCAAUCUCUGUCCGAUUUGUCGAAGAAAGAUCAGCAUGCCACCAGCAGUGAGUUCUGAGCCUGUCAAUGGGUUGUUAUCGCGUCUCUUGGAUACGUUUUUUGAAAAUCAAGUUUCUGCACGAAGAGAAGCUGCCGCGAGAGACGAGGUUGGUCUCAAUGAUGGCAGAGCUUUGCCCUUAUUUGUCUGUACCCUUUCCUUUCCGACGAUGCCGACUUUCUUGCAUAUUUUCGAGCCUAGAUAUCGUCUCAUGAUUCGACGAGCGCUGGAAAAUGGUGGGCGGAAGUUUGGUAUGGUUGCCUUUAACCAUUCCGGAUCGCCUCAAGGGGAACUGGGGAGAAGCCAAUUCAUGCAGUACGGCACUGUCCUUGUGAUUGAUAGGUUUGAGCUGCUUCCCGAUGGCAGAAGCCUUGUUUCCGCAGUCGGUGUAUCUAGAUUCAAGGUGCUAGAAUACGCUCUCGUGGAUGGGUAUUACGUUGGAAUAACUGAGCGUGUCGAUGAUGUCUCGUUAGCUGAGGAAGAAAGGAUCGAAUCAACAGAAACUGCCGCAGCAGCAGUCACUAUGCCCAUCCCAGAAGAAGGCGGUACUGCUGAAGUGCCCCUCGAGUCUCUCUCCACCCAGCAACUGUUGCAGAUUGGUCUGGACUUUGUGGACAAACGGCGUGCCGAUUCUGCACCAUGGCUGCAUCGCCGUAUUCUAACUGCCUAUGGUGAUGUGCCGACAGAUGCAGCGCGGUUCGCCUGGUGGCUUGCCAGCAUCCUCCCUAUUCCAGAGGAAGAGAGAUACUCUCUACUUCCUACAACGAGCGUGAGAGAACGCCUGAAGAUCACAGCUCGCUGGGUAAAGAAGCUGGAAACCAUCACGGACUGGUCAACGAGCACUUCAGCAUGUGCGGUCUUAUGACUAGCCGUCCCUCUGCUCCUCUUAGUGAUCCUCCCUCUCAUUAUCGGCCCCUUUACGGCCUCAUUCUCCUCUGCUUCUGCGAGGGUCUCAACUUCUCUUCUCCCCUUCGGUUUCUCCGUCUCUUUCUCAUUUGGGCCAAAUAUCGUGCCGCCUGAGGGCAGUCGUCGCCGCGUUAUUCAGCCUGCCUCUCGGCAGACGGCGACCUAUAUUCCCCAGACAAUAGUCUUGGGAGCCCUCACCCUUCUGUUUGUGGCACGUCUAGCGACCAAUGUGGCUCUGGUGAGGCGGUCGAGGCAACAAAGGCACGAUGAGAGAAGACACAGAGUGGUCAUUGUAACGGACCGCAGUGGGAAUAGAACAGUG